AUGAGGGAUGUUUGGCGAAGACAACACGAAAAGAUUGAAAAAAGCUUGAAAUCCGGAAUGGCUGUGGAAGAUAUUCCUACUCCAUCAUUAUGGUAUUAUGAUUUACUCAACUUCUUGAAAGAUCAAGAGACGACUAGAAGUUCAAUAACUAACAUUAAAAUAGGAAACAAAGAUCGGGGACCUGUCGAUGAGGAAUUAGGAAUAAAUAGAAAUGAAGAUGUAGAUUCUGAUAUAUUUUCGGAGUCAACGCAAUCACCAGCACCCUCAACAGUGUCUACUACGGCAUCUCGUGAUAGUAAUAAAAAAAAGAAGAGACCAAGAGAAGAUAUUCUUAGUAAAAUCAAUGCUCAUCUCAGCGAACCUAUUCCGACAGACCGCUGGGAACAUACAGCAAAAUCAUGGGCUGGUAUUUUAAAGAGUUUUCCAAAUGAUCAACAAAUUUAUGCGGAGAAAUUAAUUAACGACGUUUUGUUUGAAGCACGAAUGAAUUCCCUCUCUCGUCAAAGUCGUAUUGAUGUAAAUCAUAAUGUUAAUAUACAAUUGCUUUCUAAAAAUGAAAAUGUUCAAAGUGCUCAUAAUUCAAAUGCUACUACUGAUGAUACUUUUUCACAAAGCCUUUUGAUAGAUCCUGUGAGUGGUCAAUUAAUUCAUGUUCCUCAGGAGACGAACAAUCAGUCACUAGAAAUUGCAGAAACCCGAUUGCUCAAUUCUAAAACAUCUCAAAAUCUUACGAUGUAUUUUAAUAAUUUUCAACCAUAA